AUGGCAGGUCCUAAAACGCCUCCGUACUAUAGCCCAACGUACAAGAAGAAUGGGGCAAACUACCCGUCUUCACCUCAUUCAAUACGAAUCAAUGUAUAUACAUUGGCUAUCGCGUUUACUGUCCUCUGUUCUUUCGCGUAUUUGAUAGGCAGAGGAUCCAUUUCCACCUCCCCUGUUUCUAAUGUUGCUACUUCCGUCCCCUGCAUUCCUUUAAAAAUCACUUCUUCAACCACUGGAGUUUCCAAAAAUUCUUCGUCUGGCACACAAGUUGAUGAGGAAGGUGAAGGCGCGGUAUCUGAUGAUGUUAAAGUUUACCCGUCAUGUGACUUUAAAUAUAGUGAGUAUACGCCUUGUGAAGAUCCUCAACGAUCGUUGAAAUUCAAGAGGGAUAGAUUGAUUUAUAGGGAGAGGCAUUGUCCUGACAAGACUCAGUUGUUGAAAUGUCGUGUACCAGCGCCUUAUGGUUAUAAGAAGCCGUUUAAGUGGCCUAAGAGUAGGGAUUUGGCGUGGUACGCCAAUGUACCUCACAAGGAAUUGACAGUGGAGAAGGCGGUUCAAAAUUGGAUUCGUAAAGAAGGAGAUAAGUUUAGGUUCCCUGGUGGAGGGACUAUGUUUCCUAAUGGUGCCGAUGCAUACGUUGAUGACAUUGAUAAGUUGAUCAAUCUUAAAGAUGGUUCCAUUAGGACCGCCAUUGACACGGGCUGUGGGGUGGCGAGUUGGGGAGCUUAUCUUCUAUCGCGAGAUAUUCUAGCAAUGUCAUUUGCACCUAGAGAUACACAUGAAGCACAAGUUCAAUUUGCUCUUGAGCGAGGCGUUCCUGCAUUGAUUGGAGUGCUCGCGUCUAAGAGGCUUCCCUAUCCAUCUAGAGCUUUCGACAUGGCUCAUUGCUCUCGUUGCCUUAUUCCUUGGGACCUAUAUGAUGGCGCGUACUUAAUGGAAGUCGAUAGAGUUUUGAGGCCCGGUGGAUAUUGGAUACUCUCCGGUCCACCAAUCCGUUGGAGGAAAUAUUUCAAAGGAUGGGAAAGAACCAGAGAUGACCUUAACGGUGAGCAAACCCGUAUUGAAGAGGUAGCUAAGAAACUCUGCUGGAAAAAAUUCGUCGAAAAAGAUGACAUUGCAAUAUGGCAAAAGCCAUACAAUCAUUUCCAGUGCAAAGAACAAAAGAAGAAACUAAUGUGUCCUGCCCAAGAUUAUGAUAAAGCCUGGUACACGGAGCUUGAAACGUGUAUAACUCCCUUGCCCGAAGUGUCAAGUGAUGAAGAUGUGGCUGGAGGACAAUUGGAAAAAUGGCCUAAAAGAUUGAAUGCGAUACCACCAAGGAUCAGCAGUGGAACUGUGAAAGGGGUUACGGCUGGAUCAUUCGAAAAAGAUUCACAGUUAUGGCAGAAGAGAGUUUCUUAUUACAAGAGUGUUGACGACAAACUUAAUCAACCAGGGAGAUAUAGAAAUCUAUUAGACAUGAAUGCUAACCUUGGUGGUUUUGCUGCUAGUUGGGUUGAUGAUCCUGUUUGGGUAAUGAAUAUUGUUCCUGCUGAAGCAGAGGUCAAUACACUUGGUGUCAUUUAUGAAAGAGGAUUGAUUGGAACAUAUCAAAGCUGGUGUGAAGCUAUGUCAACUUACCCAAGAACAUACGAUCUUCUUCAUGCUGAUUCAAUAUUUACUAUGUACAAAGAGAGAUGUGACAUGGAAGACAUACUACUAGAAAUGGAUAGAAUAUUAAGGCCAGAAGGAAGUAUAAUAAUACGUGAGGAUGUAGAUAUAUUGGUUGAAGUAAAGAGGAUUGUAGAUGGGCUAAAUUGGGAGAGUUUAAUUGUGGAUCAUGAAGAUGGCCCAAUGGAAAGAGAAAAACUUCUAUUUGCAGUGAAGACAUAUUGGACUGCACCAGCAAACACCACCACAAGCCCAAGGAUCUAAUUUUGUAAUGACGUCAAUAGCAGCAACAACAUAUUCAGUAUAAUUCCACGACUGCGGUCUGAGAAGGAUCUAAUUUUGUGAAAUUAACAAUUUUGU